GAGUGAACUGUCGACAUAACCACAAACAUCCGAAAGUCGCCAUAUUGAAUGUGAAGACGAACUCAAAAAGAAAAAGAGUGUCUUGAAUCCGCUUGGAAUUUUAUUUCAAGCCUAAAUGUAAUGACGUAAAGUACGUAGGGAUAUCGUAAAGGAUUUUUAAGAUCGAAAAAGAAGCUGUGUUGAAGAUAUCCAGCCAUGAAGUUAUCAUUUGGUUAUGUAAUUCUGCUUCACUCUCUCUACAGAACCUGGGCAUCAAAAUAUUAUGAUGAUAGAAAUCAAAGAGUUUGUCUGGAUAAAGGUGAAGGUAAUGAAUGCUUUCCUUAUGGUUUGGCAGACUUUGGUUCUAUUGCACAGUAUACUACCAAGGGUCUGAUAGUACCUGCAUUGCCGGCAAAUGCCUGUUCAACCAUUGAAAACAGAAACAAACAUGAAAAGAUGGACUACAUUUAUUUUGUAUUAAUCAAAGAAGGAGGCUGCAGCUUUGGAUACAAAGCAUUAAUGGCAAACAAUGCAGGAUAUGAAUUUGCUAUCAUUCACAGCACAACAUCUGAUACAGUUGUAAGAAUGGCCGCUGGGAAAUAUGGAAAAAAAGUUGAUGAGAUUAUGUCAAUUUUUGUUGGAAAGACUGCUGGCAAUCUUUUUUUGAAGUACAAUUAUACUACAGGAACAUUAGUAACAAUUCACCCUCCUUCAUUCUUCCCAAACCUGGAGUUCUACCUUAUUCCAUUUGUUAUUAUUAUUGGUAUCUGUUUUAUUCUCAUGGCCAUGUUUAUGGUUAGUCGGUAUUAUCGUAGUUAUUUAGAGAAACGGAGGAACAGAAUUACUCCUGCUAACUUAAAGAAGAUACCCACCAAGAGAUUUAAGAAAGGUGAUGAAUACUAUGAUGUUUGUGCCAUCUGUCUAGAUGAAUACAAAGAUGGUGACAAGCUCAGGAUACUUCCAUGUGAUCAUGUCUAUCACUGCAAAUGUGUUGAUCCAUGGCUUACAGAAGGUAAAAAGACAUGCCCUGUUUGUAAGCGUCCAGUAGAAAGUAAGAAAUCUAGGAACACCAGCCAGACUGAUGUGGAAAGAGGUCAAGGAAGUGGUUCUGAUAUUGAUGCUGAUGAGACUACCCCACUCAUACAGCCUUCUGCACCAUCAAAUCACUUGGUUGAAGUUUAAUGAUCUUCAACAUAAAUUUAUGAAAUAUGACAAAUUAUAAUCAACUAAUUAGUCAUCUUAUACAGGUCUGUAUCAUAUAUUGCACACCUAUGGAAUCAUAUCCUACUGUACAACUCCAUGUAUUGUUAUUAUGAGUGGUUAAUGUUUUGAGACAUUUGGAUAAAGGAGUUCUUGUCAGCAUUUAAAUGUACAGAGUCUGAUGACAGCAUUUCACUAAUCUUAAUAAGAAACCAAGAAAGAUAUUGGUCUCACCUGACUGAAAAUGCUUGGUCCAUGAAACUCCCAGGGUAGGGGGGGGGGGGGG